AUGCUGGGUGACUGGCUUAUCAAGGCCGGGAUAGCGCCUAUCGUUCCAACCAUUAUUAUACUAUCAGCAUGCAUUUUUCUGUGCCUCUCUGUGGUCUCUGGAAAAGUGAGAGCAAGAAUUAUCGGGUCGCCAUAUCUGAAGUCGACCCCCGCAGAUCUCAACGAGAAGGCAACUGGAAACCUCUACAAGAUACCGGUACCCCCACCCUACCCAGAAUGGUCGAUUGAGACGACCAAGCCACUGCCGUAUCGGGCGUUCCGCUAUGGCCCCAAGUACCAUGUCACCAUGGGGCUGAGAACCGUCUCAUCGGAUGAGUGGAUCGAGCUCGACAAUCACUUUCCCAAAUACCAUGCCGAUAAGGCUGCUCGCAUCAGAGACCGAGGUAAAAAGUGCGUCGACACGCACCCGGAUGCCUUGGAUGCAGCUCUAGAGCUCUUGGAGGAGCUGGCCAACUACCUCCCCGCCAGGUACCCAAGUCUGUUCCGGAGGACGGCCGUAGGCAUCGACAACCUCUGGUCAGGCGAGACCUUCAACGUUGUGGAGAGGCCACUAAAGGAGGACCCCAUGGCCAUCUGCGCACGUCUCGUUCAGGACGACCUCGCCAUCAUGAUACCCCAGCCUGACGGGCAGUACAAGCUCCUGGCGGGCGCCAUCCUGUUGGCUGGGUUUUGGAGGCUCUCUGACAAGUAUGGCAUGACGCUGUCUGAGAUCCACACUUCGGGCGAUGUGCCGCAUUUCAAACAGAAGCUCGAGGGAAGCAUGAACAAGUUUUUCCAAAGGCUCAAGUGCGACACCGUUUACUGCCGCAACAACUAUUUCCUCCAGGUAGACGACUCACUACCCUGGAGUCAUAGCAUUGGCGAUGAGGAUGCUCCACAGGUAAGCUGGAGCACGGCCGAGAAGAACAAGACCAUUGAGCACCAUUGGUUCCGUUCUGAGCGUCAGUCUCUACGCAGGCUGCCAAAGUCUCGGGCUGUCGUGUUUACGGUCAGGACUUAUUUCCACCCGAUUAAAGAGAUUGUCGAGGAGAAAUAUGUCCCUGGCAGGUUGGCAAGCGCUGUUCGCAGCUGGGACGGUUUCGUGGCUGAAUACAAGGGCAGAGAAAAGUACGGGGAUGUUCUUCUAGAGUAUCUUGAUAAAAAGCACGAGGAGCAGCUUGCCAAUGGUCUGGACCUGGAACGUGAGGAUGAGGUUAGAAAAUAUCCGUGGUGA